AGGGUGACCUUUCCUGCAGUCACUCAUUCCUGCACGGCGCUGGCGGCAUCGUGUGGCGUGUCCUCCUCCUGCCCCGUUCCCACCGCCGGGCACCCCGUGUGGCUCCGUUGCAAGGUCAUGUAGCAUCCCCGUCCCGUGCCCCUCCGUCACCCCCGGACCCCCUUUGCAUGGUGGCUGUGCCCUGUGCCCAGCCGGGCUGUGUGUUGGGGACGCGGUGCCCGCUCAGCUUCGUUAGCGCCGGGCAGGGAUGCACGGCAGCAGCAGACGUGGCCCUUUCUUUCCCUAACAAGGGGCCAGCUUCUGCAAUCCCCUUUAUUCCUUUAUUCAUUGUUCUGCCGAGGCGAACGGCACAGACCCAAUUCAGGCUGAGACUUUGAAAGUUCCCUUUCUUCCCCCCCCCCCCUCCUGUCACAUUUUCUUUUAUCUAAAUCCUCGCCUAUGAAAGCCUCUAUCGACAGCUGCGCUGGCCUUAUCUCGCUGGAGGGACCUUCGCUGGGCUCUCAGAGGAGAUAAGACCGUCUUAUCGGCCUCUGAUGUCAGAGAAGGUGCCAAACCCUUCUGUCAUUGGAGCUUUAGACACAGAGGGUUGGGUUUUUUUUUUGUGGGUUUUUUUUUUUUUAUUAAAGUCACAAAGACCUUGGGUUUAUAAAUAGUCCGAUGGAGCGAUAGGGCUUGGAAAUUAGCAGGGUGGGGGGCGGGGAGGGAGGCGGUGGGAACGGGGCCGGGAUGGAGGCAGGAGGAGAGGAGGAUGGCGGGGACGCGGUGUCCCCAACCCUUUGGGAGCGGGGCAGUGCCACCUCCUGCUCCGUGCAUGCCCCUGGGUGAUGAGCUCUGACAGCACCUGCUGGGGCCUCGCUGGCUCAGGGCCAGCCUUGUCCUCGUCCCCAUCCCGAAAGAGGAAGGAACAUGGAGUGGUUCUGGGGCCCUUUGCAGCGGCACCGUGGGGCUGUCGGGCCGGGCGGCUCCGUCCUCACCCCAUUGCCCUGCUGUGAUUUGUGUGGCUGUAGGCUGGGCAGGGGCUGUGCGACUCGGGGCAGGGCAGAAAACUGCUGAGUGUUGCCUUUCUUGCCGUGAAAGAGCCAGAGCAGCUUGAACUAAAUCAGAUCCUGCUGAUUGGAAUUAGUUCAAAUGCAGAUGGAGCUAACUAAGCUGGCGGUAAGCAUUCGAACGGCGCAGCGUCCAAUUCCCAUCAGCUGAUUCAAGGGCUUUGCUGGGCAGCAUUAACAAAAUGCCACCGAGCGGACAGAUGCCCAUUGUGCAGGGGCUGAUGGUCUCAGCCUGGUGCCAGGCUCGGGCCCGAGCCACCCAUAUGGGAUGCAGGGACGUGGGAUGCAGGGACGUGGGGUGCAGGGACGUGGGAUGCAGGGAUGUGGGGUGCAGGGACAUGGGAUGCAGGGAUAUGGGGUGCAGGGACAUGGGAUGCAGGGCCAAGAUGGCUUUCUGGGGCGGCGCAGGGGUUGAGCUGAUGUCUGCUGCUAUCAUCCGGGUGGUGACAGCCCAGGGUGGGGGUCCCAUCCGUGGUCCUAUGGCCAAAGCCAUCCGCUGGGACCGGGGGAUGCAGCCGAGCCCGGUCCCGGUGGGGUGACGCCAACUCCCAAGCAGUCAAGUGUGCUCAGGCUCUGAAUAAGAAGCACUUCAUUCUCUUUUCAAACUGUAUAAUUUCUGCCUGAUUGUAAUGGCAUAUUUUAAAAUUACCAGAAAUCGAAGCCAGAAAAUGGAUACGGCUGCUUUUACUGCGAGCUGCAUUAACAAAGGAUAUGUAAUGCACGAAAUAAAAACACCUCCCUGCCCCCCCUCCUCCUUUUUUUUAAGACAGUAAUAGGAGAAAAUUGGUUUUGAAACUGAAUAAAAGUCCCUUUCAGAGGAAAUCAUUUCUUUCAGGGUACCUUUGCUGAAAGUAAAAUAGUGAAUAAUGAAAGGUGGUUACAUGAUUGUCUUUCAUUUAGAGAGCGCUAGGACAGAUGGAAUCUGGGAGAAAUGCAAGAUUGGAAUAAUUGCAUGGUAACAAGGCGCUUGUUGUGAAAUUAGUAUCUUAAGAAAGUAGGGAAAAAGGCUUUUACUCAUGAAUACUUCAUUAUUAGGAGAAAACAGCGCCAUUUGGGUUCUCCAGACACCUGCUCCGUGCGCGGUGGCUCUUCCUCACCUCUUGCUCCUCACACCUUGCUCCCAGAGCCUCCGUGCCUGAAUUCUGCAGUGCUGGAGGCCACCGUGGUCCCCGUGUCCCCACCCAGGGGAUGAAGCAGGAGCUCGGGGUCCCGAGCCCGCGUUGGUGGCUGGGAGUGAGCGCACAGCCAUGGCCUUUGGUCAGCUUGGAGGUGGGCAGGAGUGGUUCGCUAGCAGGGGGAUGUGAGGGAGCGUUCCAAGGCGUGAGGAUGGAGCUUGGUGAGCAGUGCUUACCCCAAGCACCCCAAGAUGCUGCGAUGGGGCUGUGGGGGGAGCGAGGUACCCUCUGUGACAUCCAUCCCUGACACCUCACACGGACCAGGAGCUGCAGUUCCCAGGAUGGGUUUGCAACCACUCUGUGCGCAGUGCUGCUGCCGUUACCAGCGGGAGGCGUUCGCCGUGGUUCCUGCAGGACGUGCCGUGUGCAGGACGUGCUAUUCACAGAUCAGUGGUGGAGGUGCCUUUGGGCUGACCCCUGCAGAUCCCCCGGCCGGAUUUUGGCACAUCCCGGGACCCGAGUGGGAUUUUGCUGCCUUCAGGCCGAAUCCCUGCUGUGCAUCCAAUGGCUGCAGCUGUCCCCGGGAGCCGGGAGGAGCUGCUCUGUUUCCUGCAGGAAGAGCAGAAAGCGUCACGGGGAGCACCAACCACCCACCGAGCCCUUCAUAUUUAUUUUAUAGAGCUUCAUAUUUAUUUAAGGCUUCCAUACUUAUUUAUUUAUCUCCAAAAGAGCAAAGGCCCCUGCGCAGCGGGUGCGAGAGCUCCCAGCCUCCAUGCAUGCAGACUUUGCCCAGCAGUGGGUGCGGGUGCACGGCCAGACCCCCCCAGCCCCCCUCCUUAUCACUGUCUCUCUUCUCUUGGCAGUGCACGGUGCGGCUGCGGCCGGCCAGGACUCCCAGACCAUGCUGGCGUGCCUGCAGCGAACCCAGAACCCACCUGGGCAGCACCUGGCCUGCCCCAACCCCAACAAGGCACUGGAGCCACGCAAGUGCGAGACGGCAGCACCCAUGCAUUCCCCACGCUACCCCAGCCCCGCCGAGCUGGACGCCUAUGCACAGAAGGUGGCCAACAGCCCGCUGACCAUCAAGAUCUUCCCCACCAACAUCAGGGUCCCACAGCACAAGCACCUUAACCGAACGGUCAAUGGGUACGACACCACGGGGCAGCGCUACAGCCCCUACCCCGUGCACGCCGGCGGCUACCAGGGCCUCCUGGCCAUCGUCAAAGCCUCCAGCAAAAGCGUGGUGAAGAACGCGGAGGGCAAGCGGACUAAGCUGUCGCCCGCGCAGGCCGGCGUCGCUCCCUACCCAUCCUCAAGCACUUUAGCCCCGGGCCCCUCCUGCGCCGGCCCGCUGAGCUACCACCAGAAGCAGCUGGAGGGCCCCGUGCCCCCCAACGUGACGGUGGCGGGCUCGGCGCUGCCGCUGGCGGGUCGUGGCCUGGCGCUGCCGCCCUCCAACCUGCCCUCCAUCCAGAGCAUCAUCUACCAGCUCAACCAGCAGUGCCAGGCCCAGGCCUCGCAGCCUGCCUGCCCGGCGCUGCCGGCCGCCCACCCCAGCCCGGCCAAGCACGGCACCUUCCCCACCAUGGCCUCGGCCUACGCCGUGCUGCCCGAGUGCCGCAAGGGAGCCGAGCUGCCGCUGGGCUCCACCCCGGCGCUGGGGCCGAAAGCGGGGCUCUACCCCGACGGCGUGGACUACCUGCUGUGGCAGCAGAAGCAGCAGCAGCACCUGCGGGUGUACAGCGGGGGCAGCGGGGCCCUCAGCAAGUCGCCCGAAGCCUGCGCGGCCGCCUCGCGACCCUACGGGCCGGCGGGGGAGAAGGUGAGCUCGUCGCCAUUGAACUGCAUGCACGGCAACUUCGCGGUGGGGCAGUACUUCGUGCCGCCGUGGAACAGCGUCCUGGUGACCCCCACCAGCGACUGUUACAACCCACCGCCCGAGCUGGGCCCCGUGCCGCGCGAGCUCGGCGUGCCGCCGGCCGAGGGGCUGCCCAGCAAGGCGCUCUGCAACACCUCCAUCCUCAGCAGCAGCCUCCAGUCGCUGGAGUAUCUCAUCAACGACAUCCACCCGCCCUGCAUCAAGGAGCAGAUGUUGGGCAAGGGCUAUGAGACCGUGUCUGUGCCAAGGCUCUUGGACCACCAGCACGCCCACAUCCGCCUGCCUGUCUAUAGAUAAGGGGCGGCCGCUGCUCUUCCCAAAGCCAGGAUGGCGGCCGGGCCCUCCGGCACCGCGAGGCCGUUGCGGGGUGAUGGGGUUGGUUGGGGUCGGCUGCCAACACGGGUCCCGCAGGUACUGGCAUGGAACCGGGCUCAUCGAACCGCGUGCGCCCGCUGGAAGCCAAGGAUGAAGGAAUGCUUGUCUUAUAUAGCUCAGAAAUCAUUUUAUUUCCACGAAUGUGAACAGGGAAUCGCUACGAGUUGCUGCUAUCCAGGGAGAGGAGCUCCGCUCUGCGCACGGCGCGGGCCGCAGGCAGGGUCCCGCCGCGCUCACCUUUAGCUGAAGUCCGUAACUUGCACUGCUUUGAUUAAAGCUCAUAACUGGGGACAGCCUGGACACUAUUUAAGAAAAACACUUGAAAACUUGAACAGAUUUUGCUUUUUCGUUGGUUUAUUUUUUUCAUGGUUUCAGUUGCCCACGGCGCGCAUCUUGGGUGCCGGCCAAGCAGGGGGACGAGCCCACGGCGCUGCGCCCAUGGCACAGAUUUCCAAGGUUUUGGGGUUGAUUUUUCUUUUUAUUUCUUUGUUUCUUUUUUUCUUUUCUCUUCUUUUCUUCCUACCCCCCCUCCCCCUUCUUUUCUUAACUGCCCGUUAUGCUUUCGUUCCGUUCUAGAGGCAGGCAGUGUGUAGGACCACGUUCAGUGCUGCGCCCAGCCGUCGCACCGCGGUGGGAUCACGGCGUGCUUCUCUUCAUUUUUCCUUUCUUGUUUUUUUUGUUUUUUUUUUUUUUUUUCCAAGCAGUUCAGAAAUGCUCAUUACGCUCCUCUAUUCACUCUGUGUAAUUACGUGCUUAAUAGGUUUAUUCAUUUAAAAAAAGGCUCUGCAUCACAAAACGGUUUUUGAUGAGUCAAGGAAACAGAAACGCUACCCCGAGGAGACCCAAGGUGAUUGUGCUCAGAAAAGAGGUACUGUAUCCCUGAAAGGCCUGUUCAAGCACUAAGUGCAUUUACAAAUCUCUGAGAAUGUUUUUUUUUAUACUAAAAUCGACCAUUAUAUUCUACUGUGAGAAGUGCUGUCUGCACUUAUAUUGUUUUAAAAAUGAGAGAAAAAAAGAAAAAAAAAAAAAAAAACCAAACCACAAAACCUGCAA